AUGACCCGCACCGAACGCGCUUCCUCGCCCCGUGCCCAGCAGCACGACCGCUCGGUGAAUAAGGGCGGCGUCGACACUAGCAUCCGCAAGGGCGGAGCCGGCGCUCAUAACUGGGGUUCCGUCGAUGACGAGGCUCGCUAUGAGCAGCAAGGUCUUGAGGACGAGCGCCUUGACAUCCAAGCUGCUGCUGAAGAGGGCGACGGCAUCUCACCCAGUAUCAACGCGGGUAUUGAGGACCAAGGAACGGCUUCGCGCUCGGUAUAUACACGUACGGUUGACGAGUCCGAGCGCAAGAAAGCUCUAGACACACGCCAAUCUGCGCUCAAAAAGGGCGAUGUCGAUCUCGGGGACAUUGCCCGUACUUCAGCAGCGGCCACUGGCGUUUCCCCCGUUAAUUAUAAUUCCAACCAGUGA